AUGGUAUUCAGCAAGUCGGUGUUGAGGUUGGGAGAUCACCUGUUUUCCUGUUUGAAGACCACACUGGAAAACCUGCCCCUGAAGACUAUCCCCUCUUCAGAACCGUUAACAUCGCUGACGGGAACUUACAAAGGAAUUGGCUUUUUUAGGUGGCAUCGGGUUGCAAUUAGCGUGGAGAAGAAGACUGUGACAAUGAUUGUUGAUUGUAAGAAGAAAACCACAAAACCACUUGAUAGAAGUGAGAGAGCAAUCGUUGACACCAACGGAAUCACGGUUUUUGGAACCAGGAUUUUGGAUGAAGAAGUUUUUGAGAAAAAAGAAUGUGGCUGUUUUCUGGGAUCUGCUGGGACCAGGUGGCUUCGACAGUCUCUACCAAAUGUCCUUCCAGUAGUGGAACUGCUUUUUCCCCGUGUGGCCCGAGAACCUCCCGGACCCCACUGUGUUCCUGGGGAUUGGCCAUUCUCACCAGAGCACCUCCAGGGGGACAUCCAGCAGCUGUUGAUCAUAGGUGACCCUAAAGCAGCAUAUGACUACUGUGAGCAUUACAGUCCAGACUGUGACUCUUCAGUACCCCAGGCCGCUCAGGCUCAGGAACCUCAGGUUGAUGAGUAUGCACCUGAGGAUAUUCUGGAAUAUGACUAUGAGUAUGGGGAAGCAGAGUAUAAAGAGGCUGAAUUUGUAACAGAGACACCCACUGUAGCUGAGGAGACAAUAGCACAAACUGAGGCAAAUAUUGUUGAUGAUUUUCAAGAAUACAACUAUGGAACAGAGGAAAGUUACCAGACAGAAGCUCCUAGGCAUGUAUCUGGAACAAAUGAGCCAAAUCCAGUUGAAGAAGUAUUUACUGAAGAAUAUCUAACUGGAGAGGAUUAUGAUUCCCAGAGGAAAAAUUCCGAGGAUACACUAUAUGAAAACAAAGGAAUAGACGGCAGGGACUCUGACCUUCUGGUAGAUGGAGAUUUAGGCGAAUAUGAUUUUUAUGAAUAUAAAGAAUAUGAAGAUAAACCAACAAGCCCCACUAAUGAAGAAUUUGGUCCAGGUGUUCCAGCAGAAACAGAUAUCACAGAAACAAGCAUAAAUGGCCACGGUGCAUAUGGAGAAAAAGGACAGAAAGGAGAACCAGCAGUAGUUGAACCUGGUAUGCUUAUUGAAGGACCACCAGGGCCUGCAGGACCUGCGGGUCUUAUGGGUCCCCCAGGUCUACAAGGCCCCACUGGACCCCCUGGUGACCCUGGAGAGAGGGGCCCCCCAGGACGUCCUGGCUUACCAGGGGCUGAUGGUCUACCUGGUCCUCCUGGGACCAUGUUAAUGUUACCGUUUCGUUAUGGUGGCGAUGGUUCCAAAGGACCAACCAUCUCUGCUCAGGAAGCUCAGGCACAGGCGAUUCUUCAGCAGGCUCGGAUUGCUCUGAGAGGUCCACCCGGCCCAAUGGGUCUAACUGGAAGACCGGGUCCUGUGGGGGGGCCUGGUUCAUCUGGUGCCAAAGGUGAGAGUGGUGAUCCAGGUCCUCAGGGCCCUCGUGGUGUUCAAGGUCCACCUGGCCCAACGGGAAAACCUGGAAAAAGGGGUCGUCCGGGUGCUGAUGGAGGAAGAGGCAUGCCUGGAGAACCUGGGGCGAAGGGUGAUCGAGGAUUUGAUGGACUUCCGGGUCUGCCAGGUGACAAAGGUCACAGGGGUGAACGGGGUCCGCAAGGUCCUCCUGGUCCCCCUGGAGAAGAUGGAAUGAGGGGAGAAGAUGGAGAAAUCGGACCAAGGGGUCUUCCAGGUGAAGCUGGUCCUCGAGGUUUGCUGGGACCAAGGGGGACUCCAGGACCUACAGGGCAGCCUGGUAUUGCAGGUGUAGACGGCCCCCCAGGACCAAAAGGAAACAUGGGUCCCCAAGGGGAGCCUGGACCUCCAGGUCAGCAAGGGAAUCCAGGACCUCAGGGUCUUCCUGGUCCACAAGGUCCAAUUGGUCCUCCUGGUGAAAAAGGACCACAAGGAAAACCAGGACUUGCAGGACUUCCUGGUGCUGAUGGGCCUCCUGGUCAUCCUGGAAAAGAAGGCCAGUCUGGAGAAAAAGGUGCUCUGGGUCCUCCUGGUCCACAGGGUCCUAUUGGUUACCCUGGUCCCCGAGGAGUAAAGGGAGCAGAUGGUGUCAGAGGCCUCAAGGGCUCUAAAGGUGAAAAGGGUGAAGAUGGUUUUCCAGGAUUCAAAGGUGACAUGGGUCUUAAAGGUGACAGAGGAGAAGUUGGUCAAGUAGGUCCAAGAGGAGAAGAUGGCCCUGAAGGACCCAAGGGUCGAGCAGGUCCAACUGGAGACCCCGGUCCUUCUGGGCAAGCAGGAGAGAAGGGGAAACUUGGUGUUCCAGGAUUACCAGGAUAUCCAGGAAGACAAGGUCCAAAGGGUUCCACUGGAUUUCCUGGGUUUCCAGGUGCCAAUGGAGAGAAAGGUGCACGGGGUGUAGCUGGCAAACCAGGACCUCGGGGUCAACGUGGCCCAACGGGUCCUCGAGGUUCAAGAGGUGCGAGAGGUCCCACGGGGAAACCUGGUCCAAAGGGUACUUCAGGUGGUGAUGGCCCUCCUGGCCCUCCUGGUGAAAGAGGCCCUCAAGGACCUCAGGGUCCAGUUGGAUUCCCUGGACCUAAAGGUCCCCCUGGACCACCUGGGAAGGAUGGCCUGCCAGGACACCCUGGACAACGUGGAGAGACUGGAUUUCAAGGCAAGACUGGCCCUCCAGGACCAGGGGGUGUCGUUGGGCCACAGGGACCAACGGGUGAGACUGGUCCAAUAGGUGAACGAGGACAUCCUGGCCCUCCCGGCCCUCCUGGUGAGCAAGGUCUUCCUGGUGCUGCAGGAAAAGAAGGUGCAAAGGGUGACCCCGGUCCUCAAGGUAUCUCAGGGAAAGACGGACCAGCAGGACUGCGUGGUUUCCCAGGUGAAAGAGGUCUUCCUGGAGCUCAGGGUGCACCUGGACUGAAAGGAGGGGAAGGUCCCCAGGGCCCACCAGGGCCAGUUGGCUCACCAGGAGAACGCGGAUCAGCGGGUACAGCUGGCCCAAUUGGAUUGCCAGGGCGUCCAGGACCCCAGGGUCCUCCUGGUCCAGCUGGAGAGAAAGGUGCUCCUGGAGAAAAAGGUCCCCAAGGCCCUGCAGGGAGAGAUGGAGUCCAAGGCCCUGUGGGUCUCCCAGGGCCUGCUGGGCCUGCAGGCUCGCCUGGAGAAGAUGGAGACAAGGGUGAAAUUGGUGAACCAGGACAGAAAGGCAGCAAGGGUGACAAAGGAGAAAACGGUCCUCCUGGACCUCCAGGUCUUCAAGGUCCUGUUGGUGCCCCUGGAAUUGCUGGGGGUGAUGGUGAGCCAGGUCCCCGAGGUCAGCAGGGGAUGUUUGGACAAAAGGGUGAUGAGGGUGCAAGAGGUUUCCCAGGACCUCCUGGUCCCAUAGGUCUUCAGGGUCUGCCGGGCCCACCUGGUGAAAAAGGUGAAAAUGGGGAUGUUGGUCCCAUGGGUCCACCUGGUCCUCCAGGCCCAAGAGGCCCUCAAGGUCCCAAUGGAGCUGAUGGACCACAAGGACCCCCAGGAUCCAUUGGUUCAGUUGGUGGUGUUGGAGAAAAGGGUGAGCCUGGAGAAGCAGGGAACCCAGGGCCCCCUGGGGAAGCAGGCACAGGCGGCCCCAAAGGAGAAAGAGGAGAGAAAGGAGAAGCUGGUGCACCUGGUGCUGCUGGACCUCCUGGUGCUAAGGGACCACCAGGCGACGAUGGCCCUAAGGGUAACCCGGGUCCUGUUGGUUUUCCUGGAGAUCCUGGUCCUCCUGGGGAACCUGGCCCUGCAGGUCAAGAUGGUGUUGGUGGUGACAAGGGUGAAGACGGAGAUCCUGGUCAACCGGGUCCACCUGGCCCAUCUGGUGAGGCUGGCCCACCAGGUCCUCCUGGAAAAAGAGGCCCUCCUGGAGCAGCAGGUGCAGAGGGAAGACAAGGAGAAAAAGGCGCCAAGGGAGAAGCAGGUGCUGAAGGCCCACCUGGAAAAACUGGCCCAGUUGGUCCUCAGGGACCUGCUGGAAAGCCUGGUCCAGAGGGUCUUCGGGGCAUCCCUGGCCCUGUGGGAGAGCAAGGUCUCCCUGGAGCUGCAGGUCAAGAUGGGCCUCCUGGUCCUAUGGGACCUCCUGGCUUACCUGGUCUCAAAGGUGACCCCGGUUCCAAGGGUGAGAAGGGACAUCCUGGUUUAAUUGGCCUGAUUGGUCCUCCAGGAGAACAAGGUGAAAAGGGUGACAGAGGACUCCCUGGAACUCAAGGAUCUCCAGGAGCAAAGGGGGAUGGAGGGAUUCCAGGUCCUGCUGGUCCCAUAGGUCCCCCUGGUCCUCCAGGCUUACCGGGUCCUCAAGGUCCAAAGGGUACCAAAGGCUCUACCGGACCUGCUGGCCAGAAGGGCGACAGUGGUCUUCCAGGGCCUCCUGGGCCCCCGGGUCCACCUGGAGAAGUCAUUCAGCCUUUACCAAUCUUGUCACCCAAAAAAACAAGAAGACAUGCCGAAAACAUGCAAGCAGAUGCAGGUGAUAAUAUUCUUGACUACUCAGAUGGAAUGGAGGAAAUAUUUGGUUCCCUCAACUCCCUGAAACAAGACAUCGAACAUAUGAAGUUUCCCAUGGGUACGCAGACUAACCCAGCUCGAACGUGCAAAGACCUGCAACUCAGCCAUCCUGACUUCCCAGAUGGUGAAUACUGGAUUGAUCCCAACCAAGGUUGCUCAGGAGAUUCCUUCAAAGUUUACUGUAAUUUCACGUCUGGUGGCGAGACUUGCAUUUAUCCAGACAAAAAAUCUGAGGGAGUAAGAAUAUCAUCGUGGCCAAAGGAGAAACCAGGAAGCUGGUUUAGUGAAUUUAAGAGAGGAAAACUGCUUUCCUAUUUAGAUGUUGAAGGAAAUUCCAUUAAUAUGGUGCAAAUGACAUUCCUGAAACUGCUGACUGCCUCUGCUCGGCAAAAUUUCACCUACACCUGUCAUCAGUCAGCAGCCUGGUAUGAUGUGUCAUCAGGAAGUUAUGACAAAGCACUACGGUUUUUGGGAUCCAAUGAUGAGGAGAUGUCCUAUGACAACAACCCUUUCAUCAAAGCACUAUAUGAUGGCUGUGCGUCCAGAAAAGGCUAUGAAAAAACUGUGAUUGAAAUCAAUACACCGAAAAUUGAUCAAGUACCUAUCGUUGAUGUAAUGAUCAAUGACUUUGGUGAUCAGAAUCAGAAAUUUGGAUUUGAAGUUGGUCCUGUUUGUUUUCUUGGCUAAGAUUAGGACAAAGAACAUCUGAAAUCAACAGAAAAAAUAUCUUGGUGCCACCAAGCCAUUUUAUGCCACAUGCAAGUUUUGAAUAAGGAUGGUAUAGAAAACAACUUGCUGCGUAUAUACGUACCAAUUAGAAAUCCCGAUGCCCUUGUGGGGGCAGAAUCACAUGACAAAAGCUUCGAAAAUCAUAAAAUAUAAGAGUGUGGCUGAGAUGGAAACAGGCCUUAUUCUUGAUUCCCAAUUUUCAUCUCUCCCUUUCCUAUUUGGAUUUCUUUGGUGCUGUAG